GAGGGACGGAGGGAGUGAGCCAAACAGAGGAGGGACAAAGAGCAAGAGAGGGAGAGAGUCAUAAAUACAAUAAUUACAGCUUGGGCAGAAAUAUACGACGCACUCUCCUCGUUACAGAGACUGCCUGCGUAGCUAACAACACUACUGUCCCACUGACAGAAGAGAGAGAGAGCACAAUAACCACCUGUUCUCUGAGGUUGUUGUUGGUACUAUAUUGUACUGGGAUUUAUUUUUCAACAAAUUGUUUCUAUUUCGAAGCAUGGAUUUGCUCCUGGAUUUUGGCUAAUUAUGACAGAUUUCCUUCUCCUAGUUUUCUCGAAGCCAAACAGGACUCAUUUCACUUGUGAGAUAAAUUAGUGGGAAUCUUUUACCAUGUCUGUGACUGCCCUGUUUAGGGGCAAGUGGGGCCAGAAGACACAGGAAACCCCAGUGAAGCCUCCAACUGCUGCGGUUCAACCCCGGCACGAGGAAGACGUUGACGAGGAUGAUACCAAAGCUGGUUUCAGCAGAGAGACUAUUCGCAGGAACUCACGCUUUUACCGGUCAAUGAGGAAAAAGAGGCUGGUCUCAUCUGAGCGGUCUGAAAGUUCUACCAGACCUGGACCAGACCACAGUCCAUCCAACAGAGCAGGAGUUCCCCACUCUAGUUCUCCUUUGCCCCACAAAUCACCUUUGUUGCCCGGGGCUAGACGCCUUCCGCCAUCACCAAAGCUCCGUGAUUCCAGAACUGUGUUGCCAAGCAAUGGUGAGGCCAGCAGCAGACAUGCUCUGUACAACAAGGAUGCUCUGGAUAAGAGAAGAGGAGGUGUGGGUGGAGGGAGUGUGGACACAUCGGCUGCCUUCAACAGCCAGCAAAGAGACUUUGCAGAUGACAGGAUCACAUACCGGACUCACGGCAUUCAUAGUGGAGAUAUAAAAAAGCUGUCAGAGCAAACGGCUGCAGCCUGCACUGUACAGGAGGUCAGAGAGAUAGCCAUGAGCGCACAACAGCCCAGUUCUGACGGAGCCGAACGGGAUCACUUCAACCGCAGGUUGCUGAACAAUGGAGAAAGCUCGCAGACAAUCUGCCACAGCAUCAAUAUCAUCAAAAACAUUGCCUUCUUGUACCAGGAGUACCGGGAUACAUCAAAGCAGCACGAGAUUGAGCAGCGGCGGCAGCGCGACAACCUCUCCCCUGGGGUCUCGACAGGGACUAUGGUGGCAGACCCCGGUGUCGUGUCCCCCCCAGCGUUACAGCUGCAGCUGAGAAACAGGGAUCGCUCACUGAGCUUGUGGCAGAAUCUGGAAGCUGUGCAGGCCAGUGGGCUGCUCACCCAGUUACAGCAGAAAGAAAUCAUAAUGCAAGAGGCCAUGUUUGAGCUUAUCACCUCAGAGGCAUCCUACUACAAGAGUUUGGAGAUUUUAGAGGCUCACUUCCUACGUAACCCAGUUUUAUUCAACACUCUCAGCCAAUCCGACAUGCAUUUUCUCUUCUCCAACAUUGAGGAGGUCAUGAAAGCCAGUGAAAGGUUCCUCAUGGAUCUUGAGCAUCGAAUCGAGAAGUCCAUUUUCAUAUCUGAUGUGUGCGACAUUGUUUACCACCAUGCUGUGGAACACUUCAGUGUCUUCAUCAAAUACGUUAUCAACCAGGUAUACCAGGAGAAGAACUACAGACGUAUCUUAGAGGGAAACCAGGCUUUUCGGGAGACCAUGGCUGCACUGGAGAAUCAUUCUUGUGUCAGAGGCCUGUCCUUUACAUCAUUCCUCAUCCUUCCAUUCCAGAGGAUCACAAGGCUCAAGCUGCUUGUUCAGAAUAUCCUGAAGAAAGCUGAGGAAAACUCAGAGAGGGAAGGAAAUGCUAUAAAAGCACAUCAGCAGCUGGAGCAGAUUGUGAAAGAGUGUAACGAGGGAGUCAGGAAAAUGAGUCGUACUGAGGAGCUUAUUACGAUAGAGAAAACACUGGAGUUUAAAUCCAAGUCUGUACCCAUCAUUUCUCACUCACGCUGGUUGCUAAAGAAGGGUGAAGUACAGCUAAUGUCUGGACCAAAAAGCACUCGGACCAUGCGGAGUCGUAAACUCUACCAACCGGUCUACUUAUUUCUUUUCAACAAUCUGCUGCUGGUAACCAAGCGCAGCUCCAGUGGGGACAAGUUCCAGGUUCUCGACUCGUGCACAAGGGCCAUGUUGAGGACUGAGGAUCUUGAAGACCAGGGCCAGCUGCUGGCCAGUGUCUUUAAUCUUAAGCUACUGGAGAACCAAGAGGAUCGUCUAGUCAAUUACAUGCUGAAGACGGCCAGUAUGAGUGACAAGCUGCGAUGGAUUUGCGCUCUCACUCCAAACCGGCGCACGCGCUUUAUGUCUACCAACGCCCACCAACCAGACUCUCCACAGGUGCAGUGUAUUCAGUCAUACUCAUCUCAGGAGCCAGAUGAACUCUCCAUUGAGAUGGCUGAUGUUUUGAACCUCCUAGAGAGAACAGAUGAUGGCUGGAUGUUUGGUGAAAGGCUCCAUGAUGGUGAAAGGGGCUGGUUCCCUAGCCGAUUAGUAGAGGAGAUCCAGAGCAAGGAGGUACGAGCUCAGAACCUAAGAGAGGCCUUUAGGAUCCAACAAGCCCAAGAAGGUGGAGGAGGAGGAGGACCGCAAACUGGAGCCAGGGUUGGUGUGAGGGCAGGGAGACGCACCCAUAAGGUGUCCAGCUUCUCCAUUCCUCGGAUUGAUCAAAUGGGGGAAAGCAGUGAAGUAAAGCAUUGAAAAGCUUAAAUUAUCAGGAGACAUUUGACUUAAAUCCAACACAAUGACACCUUGUCCUUUGAUCUUCAUUGAGCAGUGGAUGGAGAAAUCAAGAGAUGAUUAAAGUGCUUGAGUCAGCAACUUGAACAUGUGAUGCUUUAUGUUUCACAUAAAUGUGUAAUAAAUAUGUAUUGUACGCCCACACACAAUGGUGUGUAAUGCAUGGCACAAAGCUCUAUGUAUGGUAGAGAGCUUUGUCAGGAAAUGAACCCUAACAGUCUAAAGGUACUGCUGCAUGGAAAAUUUUCGAAACUUUUAUUCUUCAUUACAUUGUAAAAUACCUACAGACCCAACAUACACAUGACAUUUCUAAUUGCCCUGAUAGCUCAAUGCUCUGCAAUUUAAGACAGCAUAUGCAGUGAAUUAAAGCAAAGGACCUUCAUCAAUUGCCAAACAUGUGUAGCUUUCAUCUGGAUCUUCUGGUCUUAAAACCAGAAGUUAACUUCUCUAAACUACUCUGACUAGUCACUCGAUACUCACACUUUUGGUAUCAUCUACAGACAAUGCUGAUAAAACGUUUUUUUAAAGAAAUGUCAAACCAGAUAAAAUUACACAUUUUCAAAUCCGUCUUUAAUUUCAACUUGACAGAAAUGCUUAUUUAUCUCAAUUGGCUGAAGCGCUUGAAACUGAACUUGCUCAAAGCUUCGCUAAUCAAAAUACCACAUAAUGUGAUUUUUUUAAAGCAUUUUAUAACCAACAUUUUGAAUGUUGCAAGUAUUUUGAGUUUAAACAUACAAAACAUAUCCCAGUUUUGUACAUUUAAUUGAAUGUCAUCAGAAAAUGUCUCCAUACACAUGAUUUCCAUCUUCUCUGGGGUCACAAAGGCCCAACUUACUGACAAGCUGCUUGAAAUGUGAUUAUUGCCGUGAUUAUCAUUUGCUGGUGUUUGGACUAUUUGCCUGAAUGUAUUGAGCUUUCAGGGUCACCAUACAAAUAUCAAACAAAAUUAAGACAAAGAUUAAUGUUGCAUCCAAAUCACUGAUGAUGAUCUAAAGUGUCUAUAAAUAUUAAUGUAAUGAGUCAGAGUGGCUCUCCAUCCAAAAUGUAUCUUGAGUAUGAAACACUGACUACAGCCAGCCUUCAGAACUGGCUGUAACAGAAGCCGAGUGAUCAGCUUUUCUUCAGAACAGUGUCAAGACAUCCAUGCAAAGAAAUGCAAACACACAAAUUGAACACAAAUUAUAUUUCUACAUUUUAAGAAAAUUACAAUGUUGGCUGCAACCUAAGUCACACAACAAGAGGUAAGCUUAACAUGUGUUUCUCAUUUUACUAAACAGAUCUCUUGCUUCAUCAAAUAGUAGAUAUAUAAAAGAAAAAAGGAAGUGGUCUCAUAACCUAAAUGAUUUAUUUGACAACUUAUUUAGAGAAAGUGGAAACUCCUGGAUUCCCCCCACAAAUCUGCAUCCACACCAAAAUGUAAUGGUUUCCACCCAGGCCAAGGGCCCAUCCCUCCACCAACAUUGGCAGAAAUUGGUUUAGUAGUUUUUGUGUAAUUCUGCUAAUGAAAUACUCUACCAAGCAAACAAACAAAUCUUACAGACAGACACAGGUGGAGACUUCAACUCAUGGCAGAGGUAAUAACUGCCAUAUGAUGAAAGAGACACUAGACACAUUGGACAACAGUAUUUCCCAGUUAUUGUUCCCACAAGACAAUCUGAAUCUCUAAUGCUAAGAGCAACAGUCGUCUUCUCAGCCUACAGUGUUUGAUACUCAAGAGAGAUGAAAUCACUUUGAAAUGAUCAGUUAACAGAAGCACACACACAUAAACACUCACACACACACACACACACAGACACACACGUGCACAAACGCAGACACACACACACACAUAAUUGCAAUUUAAUGUCAAUUAACUGCAAUAUGUCACAAAUGCAUUGAAUGUAUUAACACUAACAACUAUGGAACCUUGCAAUUGUAAAGCCUGUGUGUCUUUAAAUAAUGUGUGUACACUACUGCAAACAUUUAAUGUUUAAAGUAAUAAUUACUAAAUAAUUAUUUCAUUUUGUAAGAUGUAAAUUAUUGUUCAUAAAAAAGCACUGAUCAGA